UCAGGUCUGCGGGUUCUUAUAGUAGACCAGUGGAUUGAGACUGGAGGAACUAUGAGAGCAGCUAUCAAACUGGUGGAGAAUCAAGGAGCUACUGUUGUAGGCAUUGCCGCUGUGGCCAUUGAAAACAGUGAGGGAGGAACGUGGCUAAAGGAAAACUAUAAAUAUUCCCACUGCAUUCCAAAUGAGCUGCAAUCUCAGAUAGACAGUCAAUACCUGGAGUCUUUUAAGAACUUUAGUGGUUAAAUAUCAAGAAAUCAGGGAAAAAAAUAUUCAUGUGAAAUUUGUGGAGGUAUGAAUCUUGCGAGGACUUAACUCUCUAUGCUUGAAUGAAUUUUAUGCAGUACAUUUGUCAUGUUUUAUGCAUUUGUCAUAUUGGUCAUAAAUACGUCUGUUGUUGUUGUUACACUAAAAUACCUUUAGAGGUCACUAUCAGGUUGUAGCUCAGAUUUCUAACUUAUUACUAACUUGAAAAUGCUCAAAUAAUCAAUAAUGCUGAAUUUCAUGUAAAUGA